CACAAGGCAGCUGCUUGUAAGUUGGCGACGCUCCUCCCUCAACAUUUAAAUAACUCAAUUGAUUUUCUCUCCUUCUCAUCCCUUUUCUGUUUGCGCGAUGCCUUCUUCUUUCUUUUGCUAGCCGUCUACCAGAUUAGCCGUCAUCUACGCCUGCGCAAUGGAGUUCCACCUCUUUGGCGAGUUGCCUGCAGAGAUUCGGGCCGAAAUUUGGAAAUUGUCACUUCCUGAAGUCGAAGCUGAAGUUUGCAUCGUUCCGUCAUCGUGCGAUACACCGCAGUCGUUACUGGUGUACACUGCCUUCCCGGUGCUGAUGCAUGUUUGCCACGAGUCUCGCCAAUUUGUCCAGAACUCUAGACUGAGUGGAAUCAAUCUCAUGCGUCCGGACUCGGCCAUUGAUACGAUCGAUUUUUCUGUGCCAUUCCGACUCUAUCAGCCAGAAUUGGAUACUCUGUUUUGCCAGAACCAAGGCCCGGCAUCUCUGGAAGACAUUGCCAGCGAAGACGAAUUCGAGCACGUUCUUCAAGAAACAAGGCAUUUGGCUAUUCCCGGCGAGAAGGAGUUCUUGGAUCUGGUAGCUUGGGUACUCACAUUCUACUUUCCGAAACUGGAGACUUUGUCAGUGGUCGUUGAGGACCCCUCUCGUGACUCUUGCUUUGGCUCCUACUUCGACGCACCAAAGACACGCUGCAAGCUACGCCCGAUAUCUGCGGAAAGCACACAGAUAUACACCGUUGAUAUGAAGGAUCUUGACGGAUCCGAAACCUGGAACCCAUCGCACCUGUCAAAAUGCAUGACGGAGUACAUCCAAGAACUCGAGAAGAUCAUCGAGGAGUGUUUCAACGAUAUGGACAGAACAUUACGAAGAGCUCAUCGCUGGUGGAAUCGUGAAUCGAAGACCUUCAAGAGAGUCCAAUACUUAACACAGACGUUUGUUGAGUAUGAGGCAGGAAGUACCUUCCACUUAGAAAGAGCUUCCUCGUAG